UGAUCUACGCGUGGAGCCUGGGUUUAUCAGCCAGUAGGCAGAAGCAGGGCACACAGUGAGAAAAGAAAGAGCAAUAAGAGGGUGAAUAUUGCUAGAGAUAAGCGCAGCUGAAUCAAUCAAGAUGAAUCACAGCUCCAAUGAGAAAGAACCUGAGACCAUAGAGCCACUGCGUUAUCUCAGUAAAUCGGAGGUGGCGACCGUUGAGACGGAGCUUCUGAGGGACUAUCGCUUUGGACAACAGCAGCUGAUUGAAAUAUGGGGCCAUGCUUGCGCUAUCGCCAUCACAAAGGCUUUUCCUUUGAGCUCCCUGAGUAAAAAGCAGCCCACCCUGCUGGUUGUUUGUGGUCCUGAGCAGAAUGGCUCCAUUGGUUUGGUGUGUGCCCGCCAUCUGCGCAUGUUUGAAUAUGAGCCCACCAUUUUCUAUCCCAAACGUUCUCCUCAGAGUUUGCACCAAGACUUUACCGUUCAGUGCGAGAAAAUGGACAUCCCUUUCCUGUCCUACCUUCCAACAGAGGUCCAGCUGUUAAAUGAUGCCUACAAUCUGGUGAUCGACGCCAUCCUGGGACCAGAAACCGACCACAAGGAGGUCAAAGAGCCCUACGCUGGGAUGCUGGUGACUCUCAAACAGGUCAAAAUACCCAUCGUUAGUGUGGACGUGCCCUCAGGUUGGGAUGUUGACGAACCAGCAAAAGAUGGGAUAAAUCCAGAAGUUCUCAUUUCUCUGACAGCUCCCAAAAAGUGCGCAACGGGGUUCUCGGGAAAGCAUUUUCUGGCGGGACGAUUCCUGCCCUAUGACAUUCAGAAAAAAUAUGAACUUAAUCUGCCAGAAUUCCCCGGCACGGAAUGUGUUAUAGAACUGUAGCCAUUUAUGCAGACUUGUAUUUUGAAUAACAAGGAUGUUUUUCCCCUUUUUGUAUUUUCUAGAUUGUUCUGUGGCAUUCAGUUACUGACAAAUAUGACUAGAUACCUUGGAUAGUUAAGGUGAGUUUUCUGUGGAAGCUUGUUUCUGUUACAGAAUGACUUUUGUCUUGAAAUUUUGAGUAUAUAUCUCACAGUCCGGCUGUAUAAACUCGGAAUUCUAAGAAAAGAAAAAACGAAAAAAGAUUUCUCACACUUUAGAGUUUACAUCACACGAUACUGAUUCCGAUUUUUUUUUGUGUGUGUGUGUUACGGGAUUAAAAAAUACUAAAUUAUAAAUUUGUGUCUUUUUAUCUUACAAAUCUGACCUUUUUUUCACAUAAUAAUGAAUUGACUUUUCUUCUCAGAAUCAUUCGUUUUACGAGUUAUAACCUCAUAAUUCUGUUUUUUAUAUCUCGCAAUUCUCACUUUUUUUCUCACAAUUACAAGAAAAUCGGAAUCGCCUUUAAAUUUU